UGCCUCUUAACUCCGAUGAAACGCCUUACUUGCCUUUAUGAGCUUGAAGAAAAAGGAGACUGUGAGAAUUUCACCCGCAGCUGCCAUGCACAGGUGCCAGCUCCAGCUGUAGAGGACCACCUCCUACCAACUGCGCGAUUGCUGACCACUCAACAUCUUGGUUUGCAUGUGUGUCAAUAUUUUGUGUUUAUUUCUCAGCCAGUUUUCUCCAGUUUCUACAACUCUAAAAAUAUGGCAGCACCAGUGAAAGCAAUAUGUGCAUCUGAAUUAAGGAUUGUGGUGUUGGGGAAGAAUGGCGAUGAGAAGACAACAAGAAGAUACAGCGUCAGGGGAGAGUGGAGGAAAAUGCCAGUGACUGUUACAAUGACCCCAGAUGUCUUCGUUCUGUCUGGGGACAAACAAAGACACGAGAUGAGGGGGUGUGUUGCUCAGUGCCCCCCAGGACCAAAUGUGCUUCUGCUGUUAGUGAACCCUUCAGACUUCACUCAGGACGACAGACACACACUGCAGGCAAUCCUAAGCUUGUUUGGUGCAGAUGCCUUCAAAUACUCAAUGGUCAUUUUAACACAUGAAGGAAGAAAUUCAGCAAUAAAUCAAAUAAUUCAAGAAUGUGGACAAAGGCAGCACCAAAUUAACUUUGAUAGAAAGGAACAUUCCGACCAUGAUCUCCAAACCCUGGUUGAAAAAAUGGAAAAAAUUGUGAGCAACAACAGGGGGGGGCAUUUGAACUGUACUGAAGGUCCCGAACCAACGAGUGAACCUAAAAAUGACAAACCAAACUCACCCGUGAACUUGGUCAGCAGCUUUCCAAAGGUGCAUGUCCGGCCCAAGCCUACAUACGUGAACAAAUCUUCACCAGACACAGAAGGUUUUGAAAACCAAAGCAGAGAGUGCCUCAGGAUAGUGCUGAUUGGCAAGACAGGCAGCGGAAAGAGUGCCACCGCAAACACCAUUCUGGGCAAAGACAGCUUUCAGUCCAAAGCCAGCAUAAAGUCAGUGACCAGGCUUUGCAGGAGGGAAGAAGGAAAGAUUGAUGGGCGGACUGUUGCUGUGGUCGACACCCCUGGGUUGUUCGACACAACUCUGUCCAAUGGGGAAGUUCAACAGGAACUUGUGAAAUGCAUCAGCUUGUUGUCUCCUGGGCCUCACGCCAUCUUACUGGUCCUGUCAAUUGGUCGCUUUACAAAGGAGGAAAAAGAAACUGUGGAACUGAUCAAGAAUUUCUUUGGAGAAAGGUCAAAGGAAUUCAUAAUUGUAAUAUUCACCAGAGGAGAUGACCUUAAAAAUCAAACAAUAGAGAGUUACAUAGAAGAAGACAGUGACGACUUUGUCAAAAAACUGACAUCUGAAUGUGGAGAAAGAUUUCAGGUUUUUAACAACAAUGAUCCAAAAAAACAUUCUCAAGUUAGUCAGUUGCUGACCAAGAUUGAAUCUAUGGUUAAAAAAAAUGGUGGUUGCUACUUCACUUCAGCAAUGUUCAAAGAAGCUGAGGCUGCCAUCCAGAAGGAAAUGGGCAAGAUACUAAAGGAGAAGAGUCAAGAAAUAGAUAGCCUGAGGAGUGAGCUGGAAAGAAAACAUAAAGAAGCAAUACAUGAAAACAAGAAAAAAACAGAGAAAGAAAGAGCAGAGAGAGAGAAUUUACUCAAGAAUCUGGAGGAAAAUAUUAAACAAGAGCAAAUAAAAAAGGGACAAACUGAGCAAAAAAGAGCAGAGGAAGAAAGAGAGAGAAAAGGGCGCGAAGAACUUCAGAGACAGCAAUGGGAGCAAAAGAUUUCAGAUUUGGAGAAGAAAAUUAAAACUGAAUCACAAAAAAAGGCAAAUGCAAACAAAAGACUGACACAGAUCAGAGAAGAAGUUCAAAAAGAGCAAGAGACUUGGGAGAAAGAGAGAAAAGAAUGGUGGGAGAAACAAUUGAAAGAGGAUGAACUGAAACAGAAGCAGGAGCAAGCACGACUGCAAAAGCUCAGAAAAGAAUAUGAAAAAGAACAAAUGGAAUAUGAAGAGAAAAGAAAAGUUGAGGAACAAAUCAGAAAAGAAAAAGAAGAAAGAGAAUGGAAAGAACUGCAAGUAAACUUUCAAAAGACAGUAAAAGAGAUGCAGAAGAGAAGUGAAAAGGAGGCCAGGAAGCAAGCAGAGGAAUUCAACGAGUUUAGACAAAAAUACACAAGUGACUUUGCAGCUCUGGUAGAGAAGCAUGAAAAAGAAAAGGAGGACAUGAAGGAAAAGCAACAACAAAACAAUAAGCUAAUAAUAAAGCAGCUGACCAUGAACAAAACGUAUCAAAGAGACUUCGACAGGCUCAAGAGAAGACAAGAAGAAGAGUUGCAUGAGCUUAAACAGAAUCUCUGCGUACAGAGCAAAGACAUGGACGAACUACAGCGAGCGCACGAGGAAGAAAUCAACAUGUGGAUACAGGAACAUGUGAAGAAAGCCACUGCAGACAGGACCUGCAGCAUCUUAUAACAUAUGUAAGCUACCUUUACACCACUACACACCGAAUGAGUCAUGUAGGAUAUGAUGCUGAUGAGGGACGUGACUCAGCUCCGUCGUGCCCGACUGGAUGGGAGCAGCAUGUUCAGGCUUCAUAUAGUGUGAAGGUGCUGCAGGUCCUGGUUGUCAACGCUCAAAUAACAGCAAUAACCACUCAGUGACUCUCCUGGUAGCUUUAAUGCACCUUACUGUACUGUAGAUUGUGUCCUAUGUAAACCUCUAUAACUGCAUCUUAAUAAUAAAUAUGAUCCCAUUUUUAUUUAUUAAUAGAAAUAAUAGCAAAAGUAGAACAAAUUAAAAUCCUAUAAUUCUGCCUAUUCUACACAAAGUGUAAGUAGUAGCUAUGCAAUCACAUAUUUUCACUUUUACAUUUGAACAGUUUUUAUUGUCUAUGUAUUUAGUGAUUAUAUUUCAUUACUGGCUGCAGAUUAUACAGUAGAUGAAUACAGUGAGGUGAGUAAAAUACAAGCUAGUCUUAAAAACUAGUAUGAAAAUAGAUAUUCGUUAAUAAAAAUAAUGAAAAUAUUGAAUGCAAUACAAAAACCACUAAAAAUAUUAGAAAUGAGAUACUACAUUUUACACAGCUGAAUAUUUUAAUGAUUUAAUGUAUUUUAAAUGUCUUUCUGUAACACUUCUGGGUGUAUUUAUUUUAACUUAUCAUAAUUAGAUUUCACAGCUAUUUUACUGUAUAUGUCUAAUCAAUCUGGAACUUAUUUUGAUGCAAAAAAACAGUAAUACUUACUAGUAUAUGAAUACAGCAUAUGUUGUAUAUCAACAUAUGCAUAUCAACAAUAUCAAUUGUUUUCGUUAAAUUUCGUACAUAAGCAAAUUUAAUUGCAAAAAACUGUCUUUACAGAAAUAUUAUCACAAUUAGAGAAAAACGUCAAGUCUG